UAGUUCCAGAAGACAGGACUGACCGGAGCAUAAAAGCAAGAUGAAUGAUGUGAAGCUUGCUGUCUUGGGUGGUGAAGGAACAGGAAAAUCUGCCCUUACAGUAAGAUUUCUUACCAAGAGAUUCAUUGGAGAAUAUGCUUCUAAUUUUGAAUCUAUCUAUAACAAGCAUGUGUAUUUGGAAGGGAAACAACUAAAUCUAGAAAUAUAUGACCCAUGUUCUCAACCACAGAAAGCAAAAUUCUCUCUCACAAGUGAACUUCAUUGGGCAGAUGGGUUUGUUAUUGUGUAUGACAUCAGUGAUAGGUCUUCAUUUGCUUUUGCAAAAGCACUGAUAUACAGAAUUCGGGAGCCACAAACUAGCCAUUGUAAAAGAGCUGUGGAAUCAGCGGUGUUUUUGGUUGGCAACAAACGAGAUCUUUGUCAUGUGCGAGAGGUUGGCUGGGAAGAAGGACAGAAGCUGGCACUGGAUAACCGAUGCCAAUUCUGUGAAUUGUCAGCAGCAGAGCAGACUCUGGAAGUAGAAAUGAUGUUUAUCAGAAUUAUCAAGGACAUCCUGACAAACUUCAAACUCAAAGAAAAGAGACGACCCAGUGGAUCUAAAUCAAUGGCCAAAUUAAUCAACAAUGUAUUUGGAAAGAGAAGAAAAUCUGUUUAGUAGACAUGAUUCUAGCAGAUUUAUCAUAUCAAAGAAUUUCAAACAUUCACAUGAUAAUUAAAUUAAUUCUUUGUCUGCAAUUUUUAAACAAAGAAUUAACUUGGAGAUAUAAAAUGAUUGAGCAUAAAACACAGCUGUAUUUUCAACUAAAUUGUCUGCCUUUUGGUAAUUUGUAGCCUGUUCAUUCUAUAUUUAUUGUACAAAAUUGCACUCACUAUAACCUGUUGGCGAAUAGCUAUCUAGUUUUUCUUUUUAAAUGAUCUCUUCUUAUGUAAUUUUGUUCAACUAUUAUGCUAUA